UCUCUGUCUUCCCGACCCGCCCCCUCUCCUACGUGUCUGUCUUCCCGACCCUCCUCCUCUCCUAUGUCUCUGUCUUCCCGACCCUCUUCCUCUCCUACGUGUCUGUCUUCCCGACCCUCCUCCUCUCCUAUGUCUCUGUCUUCCCGACCCUCUUCCUCUCCUACGUCUCUGUCU